GUAAGAAAUGUUUUGUUGUCUGACGUGAGCUGGAGCACACAAAUCUCAUCCACUCGAGAUGACCUCUUAAAAUUUCGCCAGACAUUCAAACGAAAUUAUAGAUAUUGAAUUAAUAACCCACAAUUGAACGAAAAAGUAAGCAUGUUGGGAGCAAUCACAAUGGUCGUAGCAGCCAGCAGAACAACUUUAACCCUUUCUGCUACUCAUUGUCACGUCUUGUUACAUAACAACAUACGCCCUGCUUCCAGCUUUCAACGUCUUAAAAUUCCCAAGGUCGCGGUAUCGAAAACUGUUAAUCUCCGUAACUCUUCUUCUUCCAUGUCUGUGAGUGCAAAAGCAUCAGAGACCAGCAAUGGCACGCCAAAGGCCGGCGCUUCUACUCUACAUAAUGCCGAAGAAUUGAUAGAUUCAGUUGAAACUUUCAUAUUCGAUUGUGAUGGUGUUAUAUGGAAGGGCGAUACAUUAAUUGAUGGCGUGCCAGAAACUCUAGACAUGCUUAGAGCAAAGGGUAAGAGGCUUGUUUUUGUGACGAACAACUCAACUAAGUCCCGUAAACAAUAUGGAAAGAAAUUUGAAACACUUGGUCUUACAGUUGGAGAGGAAGAGAUUUUUGCUUCAUCUUUUGCUGCAGCAGCAUACUUGAAGUCAAUUGAUUUCCCUAAAGAGAAAAAGGUUUAUGUCAUUGGUGAGGAGGGAAUACUAAAGGAACUAGAGCUUGCUGGGUUUAACUACCUCGGUGGCCCGGAAGAUGGAAAUAAAAGAAUAGAACUUAAACCUGGCUUUCUUAUGGAGCAUGAUGAAAAUGUGGGUGCAGUUGUAGUGGGCUUUGAUCGUUAUGUCAAUUAUUACAAGACACAGUAUGGAACAUUGUGUAUACGGGAAAAUCCAGGAUGUCUUUUCAUUGCAACAAACUGUGAUGCUGUCACUCAUCUCACUGAUGCACAAGAAUGGGCAGGCGGUGGAUCCAUGGUUGGUGCAUUGAGAGGAUCAACACAAAGGGAGCCUAUUGUUGUUGGGAAACCUUCAACGUUUAUGAUGGAUUACCUUUCAAAAAAGUUUCAGAUUAGUAAGUCACAGAUAUGCAUGGUAGGUGACAGAUUGGACACUGAUAUUUUAUUUGGCCAGAAUGGUGGCUGCAAAACGCUUCUUGUUCUUUCAGGUGUGACUACAUUAUCCAUGCUUGAAAACCCUAAGAACAGUAUCCAACCUGACUUCUAUACAAAUAAGGUGUCAGAUCUCCUUGCCAAGAAAUCUGCUAAUGUAUAGGGAUAGAAGCAGUAAGCACUGGAACAAAUGUAACAUGAAAUACAUAUGGUCACGAGAAACACUAAUGGUGGUGAUAUUAAAAUGACCAUUUUAUUCGAUGAUGGUUUAUUUUGUAGUUGCCAUUAGACAGAAAUCAGUGCUGGUAAUAAAACAGCAUCAUUCUUACGUGCAAUAAAAUAAUAUUUUGUUUUUUCAA